AUGGCCAUCCGCCUGCGCCUCUCCCGCCACGCCCUCACGCGCAACAACCCCUCGUACUCGCUCGUCGCGACCCGCUCCUCGUCCCGUCCGACCGCCCAGCCCCUCGAGCACCUCGGCGACUACUCGCCCGUGCCCGUCGUCCAGCCCUCCCCCUCGCGCUCCCCGAACGGCCGCGUCCGCCCCGCACACGAGUGGGGCGCGAGCCAGUUUGCGCCGCGCUCCGGCCACGCCCAGGUCGGCGUAAAGCAGUGCACCUGGAACCUCGACCGCGUGCGCUUCUGGUUGAGCCAGGGCGCCAUCCCUUCAAAGUCGGUCGAGCGCCUCCUCGUCCAGGCCGGCGUCCUCGACACCAACCCGAGGCCAGCACAAACCGGAACCGGCCUCGUCGUGUCGCGGCAACGGCGCAUCAACGAGGCCGUGCGCGCCGCCGAGAAGGAGCGUGGCGAGGUGCCCGCCGCUCAGCGAUGA